AGUAUAAAUAAUUAAAGUUUUCCUCUUCUUCAUCUAAAAAUGGGGACAGUCCUUACUAAAAAUUGCUGAGUCAAAGAUCCACAAGAGCCCACUUCAACAACUACAAUUCCUGAGAAUCGUCCAAGAAGUGAGCCUCUCAAAAACUCUUACUCAAAAUUCACUUUGAAUGAAAGACUCCACAAAGAAGACAACUUGAUAGAGACAAUAACAAGUUCAAGGGUCUGCAUUGCUCUUGGUGUUAUAAAUAUCAGAAAAGACAGCUUCGACCAGAUUUUUGAUAUUAGAGGCGUAGAAGGAGUUACAAGGUUCGGAAUUGUUAGAAAAUGUGAGAUAUGCAGACAGCCAGGCAAGAAAGUUCUUGUGAAAACCUUACAUUUACUGAAGUUAAGGAAAUAUGCAAAGGAGGUUAUUGAAGAGCUGAUGCUUUUGAAGUAUCUAAAACAUCCCCAAAUUCACCCAAUUUCAAAAAUCUAUAGAGAUGGUGAAAAGCUAUACAUCAUGAGGCAUGUAGUUGAAGGAGUAAAUCUCAAACAUUUCAUGAAAAGGGAAAACCGUCUAAGUGAAAGCCAGGUUGCAGAUAUUAUUACCCAAAUCAUCAAGAUCGUAAAAUACAUCAAAAUUGAUUAUUUUGUGAAGAAAAGAAAGAAUAGUUCAUUAUCAACUCAAGAUGUCAUCGAUCAAGUAAUCCAUCGUGACAUUAAAAUUGAAAAUUUCAUAGUGGAUCCAGAAACUCUUCAUGUAAAGCUACUUGAUUACGGCAUUUCUUCAACUUUUCUAACAUUAGAUGAUCUAAAAUCGCACAUGAAUGUCCCUGUAUCCUAUGCUCCAGAAUGCUUAAAGGAUUCUUUUACUUCCAACUGUGAGACUUGGUCUAUUGGCAUAAUCACUUACCAAUUGCUCACCUCUCGCACUCCCUAUACAGGCAAGUCUAAGACUGAACUUUUCCACAACAUUAUCAAUUAUGAAAGUAAACUAUCAACUGACCAUUGGCCUUACUCAGAAAGAGCCAAGAAGUUCAUCCAGAAUAUGCUUGGAGAUCAAGUACCUCCAGUUGCUGCUAUUAGAAUGAGCCUCUCUAUGGCGCUUAAGCAUGAAUUCCUACUCUCAACUAUGCCUGUAAUCGAAGCCCAUAGUCAAGAAGAAUCUGGUUCCCUUUAACAGAGAGAUAUUCAAUUUG